UUUUAGGAUUUUUUGAUUCAAUAAAAGCACUUCUUAGGCAAUAUCCUUUCUCCAGAAUUAGAUCCUAUAAAUAUCUUUUCAGAAUGAGUACCCUGCUUCUCCUUGUGGAAACAUUAAUCUCUAUUCCACUUCAUCUCAUAGAAAUUGUACAUUGUUGUGCAUAGCAACAUCUGAAGAUGAUAAACUCCUAGCAGAAUUGGUUAAUUGGUUGUUUGAGGAUGUCUUGGUGUAUGUUUGGAAGUGUGCUUUUUUGAAAUCUCAUGCCACUUAAUAUGCUCUCUCUCUCAGAUUAUAUGUGUCUGUGUGUGUUUUUGUCCGCACAUUAAUAUAAGUCCAUGAGGUUUGCCUAUAAGCAUCCUCAUUGUUGGUUCCAAAAUCCUAUUGAGUUAGAGAGCCCAAUCUCUUGGUCCAAAGAAAAUUGUGAUUGUGAGAUAAAUUGGAGAUUUGAUACCUAGUGCUGGUUUUGAUGACUAGCGUAUUCAAUUCUGCAAUUUGACUUAGAUGCUUGAAGUAAAAUUACUUUCACUGUCCUGCUCUAUUGUUUCUUGUGUUGCUUAUUGAAGUAGAUCCCAUUAUGUUGUCAUUUGCUAAUGAGAGUGUUGAACCUGAUGAUUACAGGAUGGAUCAGGAAUGACAAUGUAAUGCUUACUUUUUGAGAGCUGAAUAUCAGUGAAAUUAUGAACAUCCAGAGUUGAAACAUUUCUGAGGUGAAAUUGAUAAUUACUUGCGGUUCUCUGGAUUCUUCAGUGUAGCCUCAUUUUGUUCCAGGAGAUUUGUAACCCUUAAAAAGUAUGACUUCUGGAAAUGUUACUUCCCAAAACUUUAGAAAAGCUUUUGGAGCUUUAAAAGACUCUACAAAGGUUGGAAUGGCUAUAGUUAACAGCGAAAACAAGGAGCUGGAUGUUGCUAUUGUCAAAGCCACAAACCAUGAUGAAGUAUUGCCAAAGCAGAAACAUGUACGAACAAUCUUCAACUCGCUGUCAGCAUCAAGCCCUCGAGAAGAUGUUUCUUAUUGCAUACAUGCACUUGCCAGGCGUCUUGCCAAAACACAUACUUGGACAGUUGCAUUGAAAACUUUGGUAGUUAUACAUCGUGGAUUAAGGGAAGUUGAUGCAACGUUUCAGCAGGAGCUCAUUGAAUAUGGUUAUAGAAAAAAUCACCUGCUUAACCUAUCACACUUCAAGGAUGAUUCGAGCCCCAGUGCGUGGGAAAAUUCAUCUUGGGUUCGUUGUUAUGCUUUAUAUCUUGAAGAACUCCUCGAAUGCUUCCGAGUAUUGAAAUAUGACUUCCAGAAGGAUCGCUCGAGAAUCAAGGCUCUUGACACGUCAGAUUUGCUUGAGCAAUUACCUGUGUUGCAGCAACUCCUUUUUCGUCUCCUUGAUUGUCAGCCAGUGGGAGCAUCACAACCUAACUUCUUGAUUCAGUAUGCUCUUUCAAUUGUUGCAGCAGAAAGUGUUAGGCUAUAUGUGAUAAUUACAGACGGGACUCUGAAUUUGGUUGACAAGUUUUUUGAGAUGCAGCGUCAUGACGCUGUCAGAUCACUUGAGAUUUACAAGAAGGCAGGGAAACAGGCAAAAAGGCUAUCUGCGUUCUUUGAGCUCUGCAGGAGCCUUGAUUUUGGACGAGGACAAAACUACAUUGAAAUCAAACAGCCCGCAGAGUCGUUCAUGACAAUCAUGGAAGAAUAUGUGAAGGAUGCCCCACAGACUCUGAUGCUUCCAUGGAGGGUGGGUGAUAAUGACAAAGUUAGAACUCCCAAAGCAACUAUUGCAGUAGAUUCUAGCUUGGACAUAAAUCAUGAGCUAGGUGAUGGUGCGGAAAAUUGUUCAGACCCCUCUGUAGUUUCUGAUAAGGUCUCAAAAAAUGAAAAUACUGAAAGUUCUGCUACACCUCCAGUUGCUGAUUUAUUGAGCUUUGAUGAUUUAUUUCCAGAAGCAUCUCCAAUGGAGGGCACAGAUUCUGCUCCUUCAGCAAUCAUAAGACCUGGAGAUCAGUUGAAUACCUCUCUCAAUCCGGAUUUGAUUAGUCAAUCUACUAGCUGGGAGCUUGAACUUGUGUCAGCUCCAAGCUCUAACCUGGCAGUUGUUACAGCAAGUACACUGGGUGGUGGACUAGACAGAUUGACCUUGGAUAGUUUAUAUGAUGUUGCACUGGCAAUAGCAAAUCCGAGUGGAAUGAACCAAGUGUCAGGAAUCUCAUCAAAUCCCUUUGAAGAUGCUAGUUAUGAACUAGCUCAGUAUCCACAUCAUGUUGCUCAGAGUAUAGAACCUCCUGCUGAAGCUCAUACAUCAGAUAUGGCGCAAAAACAGGAAGUAUACAUGCUGCAGGAACAGCAGGUUAUGGUAGUUCAUGAAUCAAGUCAUCCCUUUGGGCAUCCUUUUGUUGAUCAGGGAACCGCUUGUCCAUCUCAGAACCAGUCACUUCAUGCUAGCUCAAUCUGAAUUGAUGAUGGGAUCAGCAUCUGUAUAAAGUCAGCAAUCUGAUAUGCAACUAACUCAGUCUUAUGAAGCCAUGAAAUAUGCAAUAUGUGCAGUUUAUAGUUUUUUAUUUUAGGCUUGACGACUUGCUUUCACUUGUUCAGCCAUUAGAUUAAUGUGGUUUUCAUUUUUGAGUUAGAUUUACGUGUGAAUAGUUUUUGAAUAAUCUAAUGUAAGUUCUCUUUAUUGUUUUGUUUAGAUUCUACAGUCGGAAAAUUCCUUCAAGCGCAGAAUGGUUUAAA